AUGAAAAACAAGGUCGCAGAGAGAUUCUCUGAGUUUCUUGAGAGGUGGAUAUGUCAGCUCGACGAUUAUUUUCAGCAACUCAUGGAAACGGUAUCAAAUGAACGAUCCAAAACCGCUACAUCUCAGUGCCUUAAUCAUCAACAAGAAGUAGAAGCUUUAGUCCUUAAAGUGACACAACACUACAAAGAAUACUACACUAUGAAAUGGGCUUUAGCUCACGAAGAUGUUUUUGCUUUCUUUUCACCAGUUUGGCUUUCUCCUCUAGAGACUGCUUGUUCUUGGAUUACUGGUUGGAAACCUUCUGCUGCGUUUAAACUCGUCGACUCAGUGAGAAAAAAUAAUCACACCCUAGCUGAGUUGACUCAUGACCAGGAGAGCAAGAUCGAGGAACUGAGGCGUAAGAUAAAGUGGGAGGAAGAUAAAGUGGAGAGGGAAAUGGAGAGGCAACAAGUGGCUAUAGCAAACGGGAAAAUGGUGGAAUUGACGAGGAUGGUUUAUAAAGUGAGUGGUAUUCAAGCGAGUCAAGUAGAAGGAUUAGCGCGAGUUGCAUUGAAGGGAUUAAUGGCGGGAUUAGAGAAAGUUAUGAAAUCUGCAGACUGUGUUAGGCUUAGAGCUUUAAAAGGAAUUUUGGAUGUUUUGAGUCCAUUACAGUGCGUAGAGUUUUUGGCUGCUACUUGUAUGCUUCAUAUUAAGCUGAGGCAACAGGGAAAGAAAAAAAAUAGUAUUAUCAAUAAUUAG